CAACCACACAUACACACAUAACCUUACUUUUUUAGGAAUUAAGUUAUAGAUACAAGAAAAUAUUUUGAUUUAUUAAUUUAAAAUAGAAAUAAAUAAUGGUUCCUGAUAAAUUAACGGUUUGUCAAAAACUGAGCCAUCCUGAAUUACAAUUUGGUGCAAUAACCUUUUUUGCAAAGCCCCACAAAGGUGAAAGUUGUGGUAGUAAUGGGUUACCUUUAACCCCUAAUUCAAUAAUAAUUUAUGGAAGAUCUCAGCGUCUUAAAACAAUUAGACACCCUAAUUUAUGUCAGUAUUUAGAUACUAUUAGAGGAAGUCAUGAAAGAAUAAUAGUUGUUUCACAAUAUUGUGGUACACCUCUAUCUGAUUUUUUGGGAAAACAGUGUUUCAAGGAAAUUGAUAUUGUUCAAAUUGUUUAUCAAAUUUUAUGUGGAUUAGAUAAAUUACACUCUGAAGGAAUCGUUCAUCGUUAUUUGUGUACCCAAAAUGUACUUUUACAAGAAAAUAAUGGUGUUAAAUUGUUUAAUGGUGGAAUGUAUCAUAUGACGAAUGAGGGAAAGCUUGUAUCAUUUCCAUUGAUACAACCAAAUUAUGCAGCCCCUGAAGUGUAUUUACAAAAAUCAGAAAAUGCCAAAUCACAUAAUUCAUCAGACUUGUGGUCUUUGGGGAUAAUAUUGGUUGAGUUGGUUCUAGAUAGGGUUUUGUGGAUUAAUUUAAAAUUGGGUCAAAAAAUUAAAAAAGUUUUAAGUUUAGCACAAUCAACCAGUUCUGUUUUUGAAAGAAUUGCAAGAGAACACAAUGCUUUUAAUGAAUAUCAAAACACUCCUUUAGAAUUAAAACAAAUAAUAAAUGAAUGUCUUAAUAUUUUUCCAUCAGAACGUCCUUCAACUAAAGAAUUAUUACAAAAAGAGAUUUUUAACGAUCUUAAUAAUAAAAUAAUCCCUCAAAAAAGUAAAGUUUGUAAACCAUAUGAAAUCUUUACACUUAAAGAAUUUUAUCAUUGGUGGCAAUUAACUGGCGGUGACGUAUUUUUGGAACUAAAAAAGCGUGGACUUUUAAGAAGUGGCCCACCUAUUUUAUCAUUACCUCGAUUAGUACCGAUUGAAGGCAACAUUUUGGGGCAAGACAGAAAUUUCGCCGUACUUUUUGAUCCAAGGGUAACUCCAAUGCCCUUAGACACUUUACAUGAACGUUUAGGAAAUAUUCCAAUUUCCGGAUUUUAUCCAAUUAUCUUUUCAAAAUCUCACAUAAUCGCUCGUUCUGAGUUGGAUGCUUAUAACGUUUCUGAUCUACCUUUAGUUAUUAAGGAAAGAGAUCCUGAAUAUCAAUUUCAUCGUAUUAUUUUAUUAAGAAAAUUAUUACAUGGAUAUCCAUAUACACGAGAUUUAAUUAUAAACCAAUCUUUAGUUGAUAUUCCUCCGCUUCUUAGAGGUGAUAUUUGGGCUGCUCUUUUAAAUGUUCGCGGAAAUUAUGAACAUGAAUAUAUGAAAAUUGAUAAGGAUACACCAACAGUUACUGAUCGCCAAAUUGAAGUUGAUAUUCCUAGAUGUCAUCAAUAUAACGAACUGCUGUCUUCAGCGGAAGGUCACAAAAAGCUGAAACGUAUUUUAAAAGCUUGGGUUUCCAAAAAUUCCCAAUAUGUUUACUGGCAAGGUUUGGAUUCGUUAACAGCGCCGUUUUUGUAUUUAAAUUUUAAUGAUGAAGCCAAAGCUUUUGCUUGUUUAUCCGCAUUUAUUCCUAUAUAUUUGUACAAGUUUUUCUUAAAAGAUAACUCGGCGAUUAUCCAAGAAUAUUUAGCAAAAUUUUCACAAUUAAUCGCAUUCCACGAUGCUCCUUUAGCAAACCAUUUAAACGAUAUUAAUUUUAUACCGGAAUUAUUCGCGAUUCCUUGGUUUUUAACUAUGUUUUCUCAUGUAUUUCCACUACACAAAAUUCUUCAUCUUUGGGAUAAACUACUUCAAGGUGAUUCUUCAUUUCCACUUCACGUUGGUUUGUCCGUUUUAACUCAAUUGCGAUCGCGUUUAUUGAGCUCAGGAUUUAAUGAAUGCAUUUUGUUAUUUUCUGAUUUACCUGAUGUUGAUAUGGAACGUUGCGUUAACGAUUCUUUAAGAACUUAUAAAAGUACGCCGAAGAGUUUAACAGUUCGGGAACAUCAAAAUAAAGAAAUUGAACAUCUUGAUUUUGAACCAAGUACGCAUUUUAACGAAUUAUGUUUAAGAAUAUACGUAAAGGAUGUUGUUGAGUUGAUAAGGAGUGGUUGUAGAGAUAUUUUCUGUAUUGACAUAAGAAGGUCUAUUGAAUUUAAUCGUUGCGCUUUAAUAGGAAGUGUAAAUAUUCCUCACACUUUAGGAAAUGAUCCCAAUUUAGAAGCUUUAAAUGUUCAUAACGUUCAUGUAAAGGCAAACAGUUGUAAAGCAAUUGUCAUUGUUGGUUAUGAUGAUGCAAGCUCAAUGCAGUUCGCCGAAUCAUUGUUAAAAAGCAACAUAAACCGAGUUUGCGUAUUAAAUGGAGGAUUUAAUGUUUUACUGCCAAUAUCACCUACAGUUUUAACACCACAAGGCCAAUUAUCAAUUUAAAUGCAUUUUGAUACAUUAUUAAUUUUUAUACUAUUAUAC